AUGAGCAAAUUAAAGCAAUUGAUGGUGCAAGAGAGUACGCUAGCCCAUUUAAGUAAGGAAAUUGGUUUGGGAGAAUUUCUCCAACUAGGAACUGGAGAAAGAAAAAACCAUGGAGCCGAUAAAGAAAGCAUAUUGGCUGACAUAUUUGAGUCCUUUGUGGCAGCUUUGUAUUUAGAAAAGGGCGGCAAAGAGAAUAUGAUUUGGGAUUAUAAAAGUCAGUUACAAGAAUAUUGUCAAGCCCAGAAAAAUAGAGUAAGUUACGAGUUAAAAAGAACAAUAAGAGUUGGACAUCAACAAUCAUUUAUUAUGGAAGUUAGUGACGAGCAAAGAACUUUUCGGGAAAGUGGCAAGGGACGUAGUAAAAAAGAGGCUGAACAGCAAGCUGCAGCUAAGGUGAUUAAGAAACUAGGAAUUAGUAGAGAAGAGGGAGAUAAAUAG